AUGUCUAAAGCUAAAAAACUUACUGAUCAAGAAAUAACUUUGCAAUUCAAUAACUUGAAAGGAGAAUUGCAAAGUAUAGCUCAAAAAAUAGGUGAACUGGAAGCAGAUUCUGAUGAACACAAGUUUCCCGUGAUUGAUACAAUAUCUCCUUUGAAUGGAGAUAGAAAAUGUUUUCGGCUUGUGGGUGGUGUUUUAGUAGAACGUACCGUAAAAGACGUGUUACCUGCUUUACAAACGAAUUAUGAAGGGAUUAAGAAUAUAAUGGAACAACUUGUUCAAAGUUAUAAAAAGAAAGAAGAUGAAUUUGUUGCAUUUCAAAAAGAAAAUAAUAUUCGUGUGAUUUCGAGAACGUGA